AUGUCAAGCCUCGCUGCUUCUGGUGUGGCGGUGCUAAGGGGCUCCGGGGAUGAGAAAGUGGGUUAUAUAGACAUAAUAUUUAAUCUUAUUUCAGGGAAAGAAUGUACCCAGGACGAAAGUACAGCUGCAGCUAUCUUCACUGUUCAAAUGGAUGACUAUUUAGGAGGAAAGCCUGUGCAGAGUAGAGAAAUACAAGGAUAUGAGUCUACUGAGUUUGUGGGCUACUUCAAAGGAGGAAUUAAAUACAAGGCAGGUGGUGUUGCCUCUGGAUUUAAUCAUGUUGUUACUAAUGAUCUGAGUGCUCAGAGGCUUCUGCAUAUCAAGGGCCGGAGAGUUGUAAGAGCCACAGAAGUCCCCCUGGCUUGGACCAGCUUCAACAGAGGAGACUGUUUCAUUAUUGACCUCGGAACUGAAAUCUAUCAGUGGUGUGGCUCAUCAUGCAAUAAAUACGAGCGGCUGAAGGCUACUCAAGUUGCUGUUGGCAUUCGGGACAAUGAACGAAAUGGAAGGUCUAAAUUAAUUACCGUGGAAGAAGGGAGUGAACCAGACCAGCUCAUAGAGGUUUUAGGGAGCAAGCCAGCGCUUCCCGAGUGUGAUGAUGACGAUGAUGAGCUGGCCGAUAUUACAAACAGGAGAAGCGCUAAACUAUAUAUGGUGUCAGAUGCAAGUGGAUCCAUGAAGGUGUCCGUGGUAGCAGAGGAAAACCCCUUCUCCAUGGCUAUGCUUUUGUCUCAAGAGUGCUUCAUUUUGGACAAUGGUGCUGCAAGGAAGAUCUUUGUGUGGAAAGGCAAAGAUGCUAACCCACAAGAGAGAAAAGCUGCCAUGAAGAAUGCUGAACAAUUCAUACAGCAGAUGAAUUAUCCUGUCAACACACAGAUUCAAGUCCUUCCUGAAGGAGGUGAAACACCAAUUUUCAAACAAUUUUUCAAAGACUGGAAGGAUAUAGAUCAAACUGAUGGCUUUGGCAAAGUAUAUGUCACAGAGAGAGUGGCUAAAAUUGAGCAGAUUGAAUUUGAUGCUACCAAGUUACAUGAGUGUCCACAAAUGGCUGCCCAGCAUAACAUGGUAGACGACGGUUCAGGGAAAGUAGAGAUCUGGCGUGUGGAAAGCAGCGGCAGAGUUCCUGUGGGACCCGAGACGUACGGACAGUUCUACGGUGGUGACUGCUACAUUAUCCUCUACACUUACCCUAAAGGGCAGAUCAUCUACACAUGGCAAGGAGCCCACGCUACAAAAGAUGAACUGACUGCGUCUGCAUUUCUGACUGUUCAGCUGGAUCGGUUAUUGAAUGGUCAGGCUGUGCAGAUCCGAGUCAGCCAAGGCAAAGAGCCUGCACAUUUACUGAGCUUGUUCAAAAACAAACCGCUUAUUGUCUACAAGGAUGGGACAUCCAAGAAGGAAGGUCAGAAACCUGCGCCUCCCACGCAACUCUUCCAAAUCCGCAGGAACCUGGCAGCCAUUACCAGGAUUGCAGAGGUUGAUGUUGACGCAAUGUCACUAAACUCUAAUGAUGUCUUUGUUCUGAAACUGCCAAACAACUCUGGCUACACCUGGGUAGGAAAAGGAGCAAACAAAGAAGAGGAACAAGGAGCUCAAUACAUUGCCAGUGUUCUUAAAUGCCAGACUGCUAAGAUUAAUGAAGGCCAGGAACCAGAGGACUUCUGGAAAGCACUUGGAGGUAAAAAAAAAUAUCAGACUUCAUCACAACUCUUGACAAAGGCUGAAGAUCAUCCCCCUCGCCUGUACGGUUGUUCUAAUAAGACCGGCAGAUUUAUUAUUGAGGAGGUCCCAGGAGAAUUCACUCAGGACGAUUUGGCUGAAGAUGAUGUCAUGUUGCUGGAUGCUUGGGAGCAGGUUUUCGUCUGGAUUGGGAAGGAUGCUAAUGAAACUGAGCGACAGGAAUCCGUUAAAUCUGCCAAACGCUAUAUUGAAACAGAUCCUUCUGGCAGAGAUAAGGGGACCCCCAUUGUAAUCGUGAAGCAGGGGCACGAACCCCCAACAUUCACAGGCUGGUUCCUGGCUUGGGACUCCAACAAAUGGAAGAACUGAUCUAUCUGAGGAGGCUUCAGCUUCAAGCCAAAGAAUGAUCAGAGCCCAGCUACUUUCUAGUAUUUUUAACCAUAAGCUUAUGCAACAAUAUGAUGCAUCUGUUACACUUUCCCGAGCUUUGAUGUCUUUCUGUGAAUAACCUAGAAAUUCUUAGCACUGGAAAGGAUAAAUGAUAAUUGUAAACUGGUCAAAUGGGGUGACUGGGGCUUUUCAUGUAGUAAAUAUGGAAAGUGCUACCAAUACUUUGUAUAAUCUGUUGAUUCUUCAAACAGAAGCUGUGGAUCAGUUUAGUUUAAUGUGCUAAAAUGGGCCAAAUUCUGCCUUCACUGAAAAAUCCAAAUUAAUGCCACAAAAAUUCCUUUAGAUUAAGGUCAGCAUAAUAUUGUGCAGAAUUUGGCCUGAUAAAGGACUAAUUCUACAUCUGUUGCAAGGGCAGGACUGGACAUGAUUUACUUACUAGGCCAAAAUAUUGCCACACUCGCUCACGUAAAAUUUCAGAUGAUGCCUGAUCCAGAGUGGGAGCUGUGUCUUGCAGGAGGCAAAUAAGGGAUGGGUAUUUUGAGAAAGCUGUGCUUCACAUGUUUGUUUGUCUUGUUAGUACAUAUAUUUGGAGCUUCGGACUGAAUGGCUGUAAGAAUA